GCUGCGCGCGCGGCUGCGUUUGAAUGGCUCAGAGUGGGUCUCGGCCCGGGAGCCGAGGGACCAUCUGGGCUACCGAGCGCAGUUGGUUAGUGCCGGGGCUGGGCUGAGGCGCCGCGCUACCAUGAGGCGCCGGUAUUUAAGAGAUUAUGGCAUCUGAAGCCCACAAUGUUAAAAAACGAGGCUUUUGUAAUAAUAUUGAGGAUCAUUCCACUGAUCUUCCCAGAAAAAGGAUCUCUCAUUUUACUAAUAAGAACAUGAAGGAGGUUAAGAAAUCUCCAAAACAGUUGGCUGCUUACAUAAAUAGAACAGUUGGACAAGCUGUGAAAAGCCCAGAUAAACUACGUAAGGUGAUCUAUCGCAGAAAGAAAGUGUAUCAUCCUUUUCCAAAUCCUUGUUACAGAAAAAAACAGUCCCCUAGAAGUGGGGGCUGUGACAUGGCAAAUAAAGAAAAUGAACUGGCUUGUGCAGGUCACCUGCCUGAAAAAUUACGCCAUGAUAGUCGAACAUAUUUGAUUAACUCCAGUGAUUCUGGUUCUUCACAGACAGAAAGCCCAUCAUCAAAAUAUAGUGGGUUUUUUUCUGAGGUUUCUCAGGACCAUGAAACAAUGGCACAGGUUUUGUUCAGCAGGAAUUUGAGAUUGAAUGUAGCUUUAACAUUCUGGAGAAAGAGAAGUAUAAGUGAACUUGUAGCUUAUUUGGUGAGGAUAGAAGACCUUGGAGUUGUUGUGGAUUGCCUUCCUGUGCUCACCAAUAGUUUACAGGAAGAAAAACAAUACAUCUCACUUGGCUGCUGUGUAGAUUUGUUGCCUCUAGUAAAAUCCCUACUUAAAAGCAAGUUCGAAGAAUAUAUAAUAGUUGGUUUAAACUGGCUUCAAGCAGUCAUAAAAAGGUGGUGGUCUGAACUGUCAUCCAAAACAGAAAUUAUAAAUGAUGGAAAUAUUCAGAUUUUAAAACAACAAUUAAGUGGAUUAUGGGAACAAGAAAACCAUCUUACUUUGGUUCCGGGAUAUACUGGUAAUAUAGCCAAGGAUGUAGAUGCUUAUUUAUUACAGUUGCAUUGAGAGACUUCAUCUACUAAAGAGCAUUUGAUUACUCAAAACGUCCCCAGAUUUCCAAAAAAAAAAAGAAAGAAAGAAAGAAAGAAAUUCUCACCUGAGAACUGUGAACUGUGGAAGAGAUCAAAACGUUUUUGUUUUUGUUUUUUUUACUUUAAAAAGCCACAUACGAAACCACUAAUGAAACCCUAGCAAUCUACUUCACAUUGAAGUGGAAAAAUAUCCAAAAGGAGCAGCUUCAACUUCGAAGAGGUGAAAAUGCACUAUGAAGAUUGUUUGCCUUUGCUGCAUUUGGGAUUUAUAUGGUUAUUUGGUAACAUUGUUUAAGAACCACUGGGUCUUAAUGCAGUCCUGCAUAAGAAUAUAAUUUAUACUAUGUCAGAAAGAAGACAGGACUUAUUACUAGGAAUCACAAAAACCAAUCAUCGUGACUUUUGUGAAGAUUGUGUUUUAUAAGAAAACACUUAAAUGUGUGCAGCUAUUUUCUUAUUUUGAAAAGACUUUGCAAGUUUAAAAUGUCAUAGCAAAUAAUCAGUACUAAAUAUUUGUCCACACUGAGAUACUGUGUAUACAAAAUGCCUUAAUUAUUAAUAAGCCAAUGCAUAUGAUACCAAUAUCUGUUUAAAAAAAUUAAAACCAACCAUGCUUCUGGCAUGAUAAGAUCAUGGAAUUAAAUCAGGGGUUUCCACUCAUGUAAAAUGUUGUUGUUAAAACUAUUCCAUACCAUUUUUAAAACUUGAGAAUAUUUUUAGUAUCUCUGAUUUUUCUUUUUGCCAGAAUCAUUCUGUCAGUAUGUAUGUAUGUGUUAUCACUAUAGAAAAGAAAAAGGUGAAUAUGUAUUUCUAUGAAUGCUUAACUAGAAAUGUCCAUGGAGUUGGCUAAUUUAUAUUCACUUUUUAUUGUAUAUAGAAUCCUAAUAUUUUCAGUUCUGUAUCAUUUAAGCUUUCUUCAUUUGAGUAAAUUCACUAAAUAUUUCUAUUUUUGCUUUUUUAAAUUCUGCUUUUAUAUCAGUUCUAAUUCUUUUUCACUACUUAUGUUUUAAAGAAUUACAUACAAUGCUUUAGAACUGUUUACAGUUAGUGCUGACCUUGUGUUCUAAAUUCCAACACUUUACAUUACUACCUCCUCCAAUGGUUGAUAUGAAAUGCCAGCAGACUGUCUGAGGUCUUUUUUUUUUAAUACCAUUUUUAGUGUCAAUGAACCCACUUCUGGAAUGUCUUAACAGCUGCAUAUCUUACCUUGAAAGUGAUAGAGAUUCAAAAUACCACUGUUGAUGGUUUGUGCAUCAUCUCAUCUUUAUAACUCUGAGAGGCAUCUGAGUAAAGAUUUUUAGUAAUUGAAUUUGUCUCCAGUAAUCUUACAAGCACUUGAAUGUAAAUCUUUAUUUUAGCAUGUAUCCAGUUAGCCACUACUGAUGUAAAUCCCAAGCAACGUUUUUGCUUUAAAAAUGUUAUAUUUCACUGAGUUCUGUUUUUUGUGUAGCUAUAUUUUAUAUAGCUAUGUAUUCCUCACAGCGAACAUCAAUUUUAAUAAUUGGUUCUUUUCUUAAGUCUUUAGGAUAAUUUAAGAUUACUGCAUUUCUGUGAUUUGAGAGUUAUUUAAGAAGAUGUUUUUCAGGAGGUGGGAAUUUGAAUAGUAAACCUGCGUCAUCUCUGUGAAACCUUAAGAUGGUGAAAUAGAACCUUUCUUUGUUCCUA